GAGCCCAGCCGAGAUCGGACCGAACGCUUUCCGAUUCUUUCGGAAUGACGCCAUGUCAAAAAACUAUCCGUCUAGAAAUCGCCAUUGAGUAAAAACUUCAAAGUGCUCAUUGAAGUCUCAAUCUUCAACACUCAUCACAAAUAUGGCUUCGUUUCUCCCCCGUACAGCUCCUCGCGCUUUCCGCUCUUUGGCGCGCCCGGUGCUGAGCUACCAGCGCCCUGCUGUCCCGCUGCUUCGUCGCGGCCUUGCGGUUCCGGCUGAGCAGCCGCGACUGAGACUGGGAUCUGUUGCGCCGAACUUCCAGGCUAAAACUACACAUGGCGAUCUGGAUUUCCACAAGUUCAUCGACGGCAAAUGGACCGUCUUGUUCAGCCACCCGGCUGACUUCACGCCCGUGUGCACGACGGAACUCGGUGCUUUUGCGAAGCUGAAGGGCGAGUUUGAUGCAAGGGGGGUGCAGAUGAUCGGUCUUAGCGCUCAAGACCUCAACUCUCACGGUGACUGGGUCGCGGACAUCAACGAAGUCUGCAACACCAACGUACAGUUCCCCAUCAUCGCCGACGCAGACCGCAAAGUCGCUUUCCUCUACGACAUGAUUUCGCAAGACGACCUGGAUAACAUCGCCGAGAAGGGUAUUGCGUUCACGAUCCGUGCCGUGUUCAUUAUCGAUCCGGCAAAGAAGAUCAGGCUCACGAUGCUGUACCCUGCGAGCACGGGGAGGAAUACUGCUGAGGUGCUGCGAGUUAUCGAUAGUCUGCAGACGGGCGAUAAGAAGGGCGUUGUUACGCCGAUUAACUGGACUGUGGGCGAGGAUGUUAUUGUGCCGCCGAGUGUUAGCACGGAGGAUGCGAGGAAGAAGUUUGGAGAGGUCAGGGAGGUCAAGAAGUACUUGAGGUUCACGAAUGUUGGAAAAUAGACGGUGAGGUGUAGGAAUAUGAUAGAGAUGGCUGCAGGCGUUUAAGGAAAAAAGCCGGAAAUCUGAAUAGACCCCUCAUAUCGAGAUAUCCACAGUAGCGCAAUGGUGAGAGUUGUAAGCGUCGAGGGGAUCCGUUUCCCCGAACCCUGUGAUUAUGAACUAUGGAAAAGCUAAGUCUUCAAGAGGAGGAGAGU